UUAGCUUCAGUCGGUGACGGGCCUAAAUGUCCGUAUUGUUGUCAUGUCUGAGCGAUAUAAAUAACAUCGUCUUUGCUGACGGGCUUCUGUUUGGUGGCCUUUCAGCUUUGAAGUGUGCAGUCGGUGAGCUUUAAAUGAAACGGCCUUCACGAGUGCUGCCAGUGCCGACUUGGGUUCUGGUAACACUGGACCUCUACAGGUUUUGAAUAGGGGUCGGGGACACAUACUGGUAAAAUGGCCACCACUGUGUCAUGUGCAGUUAUUUUAGGUCUGACUUGUUCGGUUCUGCACAUAUGGUCUCAUUUUCCACCUUGUGCUCAUCUCGAGGCCCUUUGGGAUGUUUUUGUUUUCGUGGCUGGUUGUGGUUUAGUCUCAGUGCAGGUUCUGGUCAAAUGAGUUGUUACUGAUACAUGUAUCUGUAACAAGCAGUCAAAAGCAAGAACGUCAGGAAUUCCACCUGCCAUGCAGAAAAUGUGCCUUUGUUCUGCAGGUCUUGAAUUUAAUUUGAUGGAGAGUCAGAACCUUCACUUCCAGUACAGACUUUAGUUACAUAUAAGAACCACUAAUUCCUAUAGAUGGUUGUGAAGCAGUGCUUCAGACCCAGUUCAGUGAGUACGACAGAAGGUUUGUGGUUUAAAGCAGUAGUGUUUGCUGUCACACCUGCUUCUGUCACAGUGUCUGAAUUCCUGGCUGGCGCGAUCCUAAAAAGCUUUGCUGCCACUCGCUUCUCAACUGGGUCCGACCUGAAAGAUGAGCUGUGUGCGCUGGGCCCGUAUGUCACAUACCAACACACACAAACAGUUUGGCCUCAGGCUGGAAAUACAAACCUCCCGUCCUAUAAGCAGCCGAGUGUUUCUGCCCCUGCAGCUACAUCCUGAUCUGGCCUCCACUUCACUGUCUGUAAGACUCAGGGUAAAAAUAGAGCUGCUGCUUACACAUCAGUACUGGCCUGUGUUUUAAAUGCUGCGUUCACUCCUUGUUCAAGCUGGAGUUCUGCCUAAAGUAACAUUACACUGCAGCUUCAGACGAUAUGAGACAGUCAACUUGUCCGUGGUCUCAAGCAUACACCAUCACUCUAAAGCUGAUGGAUGCAUAAGACCACGUCUUCCUUAUGGAGAACGCCUUUCAAAGAUUGCGCAGUGGGAACUGUUGGAGGCUCCUUAGCCCUGCUGAGAGAAACAUAGGAACUGACUGAUCUGUCCAGAGACCCUCCAGCUCAGUGCUCCGCUGGGCCCGUCGGUGAAGACAUGUUUCAUUGGCAGGCAACUAUUAUGGGACCUCCUGACAGUCCAUAUCAGGGUGGUGUAUUCUUCCUGACUAUUCAUUUCCCUACAGAUUAUCCCUUCAAACCACCCAAGGUCGCCUUCACAACAAGAAUUUAUCACCCAAAUAUUAACAGUAACGGCAGCAUCUGUUUGGAUAUAUUGCGAUCACAGUGGUCUCCAGCAUUAACAAUCUCUAAAGUCCUUUUGUCCAUUUGUUCUCUGUUAUGUGAUCCGAACCCUGACGACCCAUUAGUGCCAGAGAUCGCCCGCAUCUACAAAACAGACCCUGUUAGGUAUAACAGGCUAGCCAGGGAGUGGACAGAGAAGUACGCCAUGCUGUGAGGAUACAACAAGACAGCUCAGGACUGGACUCAGAAAUACGCCAUGUGAUCCACGUUCUCUUCACUUACUGCUGGAUAUACUGACUUUUGUUUAAAUUUUUUCAUGUGGCCUCAUCAGCAAUUUGUUCACAUUAUUUUGUCCCAUUCUCACCUUUUGAUGCUUUUAAGUUGUUGUGCUGCCCUCUUCUCUGCUUUUUGAAGGGCUGCAAACAAAUCCCACAAACCCGAGUGGAUUCACUGUUAAAUCUGACCAGGGAGAGAACUGUUACAAUAAAUAACGCAGGAGAAUAUGUAAUAAUUUAAUGCAUGUCAGACAGAUGUGUCCACUUUUAAAGGAACAGCUGUUUUUGGUUGGUUCUGUUUUUGGUUUUAGACGUGAGCCGUUAGUUCGUCCGUCAUCCUGUCCAUCUACUGUCCUGUUUGCACGGAGCUCGACAGCUGAUUGAUCAACUAACCGCUCUGAUGCUUUUGUUUUCUUCAAUAAAGACGAACAAAUUGCA